CCCCCCUCCCCUCCUAGCUUGCAGGAAAUGAUGGCAAACCGCGAUCUGAAAUGAUUACUCCGGAAAAAAAACCCUUUUAUACCAGGAGAGCAUCCACGGGGCUAAGGCAGAGGCAGGAGGCGGCCGCGGGGCAGCGGGGAGCAGAGGAGACGGGACCUCCAUCCCGCAGCUCUUUUCCGACCAUGCCAGACGAAGCCACGGAAAACGCCGGCUCCACCUCCGCCCGCGUUUCGUCCUUCUUCAUCGAGGACCUGCUGGGCAGCGAGGGCACGGCGGGCGGCGGGCGGCGGGCGGCGGGCGGAGGGCGCGGGGGGCCGCGCUGCGGGACGCGCUCCCCGGGCUGCCCCCUCCGCGACGCCGCCGUCGGAUGGUACCGCCGAGCGCACGCCGCCUUCCUGGGCUGCGCCAGCCCCGACACCAGCGACCGGGAUUCGCCCGAGCUGCCCGAGGAGCCGUCGGAGCGGGCGGCCGGAGGCGGCGGGCGGGCGGCGCCGCGCGGGCCGGCGGGCGGGCGGCCGGGACCAGGCGCCCGCGAGGAGGAGGAGGAACGCGGCGAGGAGCCCGGAGAGCCGGAGCAACGCGCCGCCGGCCGCAAGAAGAAGACGCGCACGGUGUUCAGCCGCAGCCAGGUCUUCCAGCUGGAGUCCACCUUCGACGUGAAGCGCUACCUGAGUAGCUCGGAGCGGGCCGGGCUGGCCGCUUCGCUGCACCUCACCGAGACCCAGGUGAAGAUCUGGUUCCAGAACCGCCGCAACAAGUGGAAGCGGCAGCUGGCCGCAGACCUGGAGGCGGCCAACCUCUCCCACGCCGCCCAAAGGAUAGUGAGGGUCCCCAUUUUAUACCACGAGAACUCGCCGGCGAGCGCCUUGGGCUUCACCUUGCCCCACAUGUCGCCCCCCUUGGUGGGCUUCUCCAGCGGAGUCAGCUACCCCCUGGGCACCUUUCCCGCCGCCUCCAUCCCUUUCCUACGGUCGCAGAUGACAGGACUCGUCUGAGGUCUCACCUGUGCCGGGACCGCGGACCCUUCGCCCCCUCCCCCGGCUUCCAGCUCCACCCCCCGUCCUACCCGGACUUUUUAUUUCCAACUUACACGUUUCUCGAUUUUCUGCUUUUUGACUGUUUGUGGGGGGUUUGUUUGUUUUGGUUUGUGGUUCUUGUUUGGUUUUUUUUUUUUGGUUUUGGGUUUUGGUUUUUUCUUUCCUUUUUUUUUUUUGGGGUAUUUUUUCUUUUUUUGGUUUUGUUGUUAUUUUUUUUUAAAACGUGCAAUAAACUUACUUUUGGGGUUAACUCGGAGCGACGCCCAGCAGCCGGAGGGAACAAAAAGGACUACGAGGACUCCAGCGAUGAGCCGGGAACGGGUUGGAGGGGCUCCCCGCGCCGAGCAUCCAAAGAAAAUGCAGCCCCACGGUAUCGGCGGAGCCCCCACAGCCUCCUCGGCCCCGGGGUGACACAGAUUGACGUUUUCCAGGCGGCAGCAGCCCCCCAGGACCUCCCCCCAACCCGCACAGCUGCUGAGCAUGAGACGAAUGUACGGACCGGACGGGCCCCCGCCCCGCGGACGGCCGAGGGACCUUCCCCGGCUCCUCCGCUGCCCCGGGCCGGCUCUCCUGGAGGGGAAAUCUUUCAUUUUCCCCGCUGCCCCGGCUGUCCUCCGUGCAGAGCGAGGACCCUGCGGAUCCCCGCCUCCAACAGCUUCUCCAGGGCCUUUUGUUUUAGCCACUUAAUUCAUACAGAUCCGCCCCCCCCCCCCCCGUUACUCUGAUUUUCAUACGAUCGAUACCCAAGCAUGUGCUGAUGCCCUCUGCUUCUUCUCGACGCAGGCUUUUCGGUUAGAAACAACCCGAAGGCAAAUUAUUGGAAUGAAUUCGCUCCUCCGAAGUCCGAGCCUGUGAGGAUUUGGUUUCUUUGUUUUCGUUUUAUUUCCUUGACAAACUGCCUACUGAAAUACAUGGUUAAAAGUAUGUUUAGAUAGAUAUAAUUCAACAUAUUGUAUUUCACCAGUGGGCUUGUCCCUUACAGCUGUCUCCUGAGAAGGCUGAGGAAAAGGCAUCUCGCCUUGGCCGUCUUUUACAGGAUCGCUUUAUGUAAUCGAUUAAGAGUUCACACUGGCAGCUAAAAAGGAAGGAAAGAAAAAUAAUCAGAUGGGAAGAGACUGGGGAGCUGUAUGGCUAGUCAUGGAAGCUAACCUGUAACGCGAUAUUAUAUGAGGUACUAUGCAUGCCGAGCUAUUUUUUUUCCUUUAAUAACCGUUUUGUUUCCCUCUCUCUACCCACUGCUAAAAUGAAUAUCGGGUCCACCGUUGUUUCUAAAGAUUUGAAUUUCUUUUCCCGAAUAUUAAGGGGAAAUGACCUUAUAAAACUCAACCUUGAUGGAAGGUCAAGCUUUGAUGGUACGUUUUAGGGCAUAAUCAGAUGUAACUGAACCGACCAGCUCGGAGCACUCGGUGUCCCCUCAGGAAAAGCCGGGUCCUGGAUCUAUUGGGGUAUGCGUGUUCGGACCUGUCCCCAGCGAAGGAAGAGCUAUCUAAUUUUUACUAUUUCCUACCCUUUGCAUUUUAUUUGGAGCGAUCUCAUGGUUUCUUGUUAUGAAACCGAGCGGCAAGAUGCGGCGGAGCUUCAGCUUUGAUACGAAACCUGAGAAGAAGGGGUCAGGAGCGGAUUACAGACUCUCCACCGCUGCUUUUUCCUUUUCUUUUAUUUUCUUUUUUUUUUGUCUUUUUUUUUUUGUUUGUUUUGUUUUGGUUUGGUUUUGCUUUUCCCCAUGCUUUGGCCUGAAUCUAGGCAUCAGCCUGCAUAGUUGAAAUCAGGACGCUGAAAGACUCAAAGCCAUUCGAGAAUGAACUAAAUAUCUGUGUGUUUCUGGUUCCUGAGAAAAGUGCUGACUUGCCGGGAUGCUCGUUUCGACUUCAGCCCCGUUUCUGGGAGCUGUUUGGUUGUUUCGAGGUUUUUUUUUUUUGAUUGGUUGGUUGGUUUUGGGGUUAUUUUUUGGUGUUUGGGGUUUUUGUUUUGUUUUGGUCCCCCCCCACCCCCCCACACAUACUGCUCUGAAAAUCUUCAUCUCACUCCGGAAGACCUUCGUAAGCCAUUUUUCUUUGCAUAUCGGCCAAACACGCGAGUUUGGGGCGAAAACCUCUAAAUUCUGAUCCCCGAGCGGUGUAAGAGGGACAAGGAAGCGCUGGGGUUGGGGUUACCGCUCCCUGGAUGGGACCCGCCGGCCGCAGGGGCAGCGGCUGGGGUGGACUUGAGCCUUUUCGCGCUCAGAGGAGUUGACUUGGGGCGAUGUUUCUUCCUCGGGGCGCAGACACUUGAUUUGAUACGGUUCAGAGCCUGGCUGCUCCUGGAAGAAGGCCGCCAGACCGUUUCCCCUGUCAUAUCCAACUCCCAGAUCUCCCAGUGUUACCUGCUGGAAUAAAAUCUUGACUCACUACAGUCAUAUCAGAGUAGAUUGUAAUCCAACGCGAAACUUAACACGCCUGCCACUCUCCACAUGCCUUUUCUUUGGAGUAACAUAUGAGAUUAUUAUACUUCUGAUUCUACUAAAUAUUCUUUUCUUGAAGUUAAGGAACUGGCAGGGCUAAAUGAUCAAUCGGAUUUUUAAAAUGUGUUUUGACAUUAGUUUGUUUGUUUUUUAAAGACGUGCUGAUUAUAUCAAUAAACAGAUUUUUUUCAUA